UGACUCGUGACCAACCAACCGUCUCCCCCCAUGUAACUGUGCGUGUCCUCAGAGAUCCCCACUCCAACCGGUGACCGCCGCCCAAUCCUCGGCCUCGCGUCCGCCGGUGGCAGCCGGGGGCCUCGAGCACGGAGCACCCAACCCCCAUCCCCGCCCUGCUAGAGAACCCCAUCACCUCCACGAAAGCGCACACACACCCGAAGACGGAGGCGAGAACCAUGGCGCCGCCUGCCGCGUCCCUCUCCCCCGUCUGCUGCGUCCCCUUCCCCUCCUCAAGCCCCCGCCGCGCCUCCCCCUCCUCCACCAGAAGGCUCCCCAGAUUCGCAGCCCGGAGUAGCGGCGGCGGCGGCGGCGGUUCACGGCCCGAGCCCAAGCCAGGUGACAACGAGAGCAAGGCCGUCCUCGACGCCUUCUUCCUCGGGAAGGCCUUCGCGGAGGCGCUCACGGAGCGGGUCGAGUCGGUGGUGGGCGAGGUGUUCAGCGUCGUGGGGCAGUGGCAGGCCGAACAGCAGAAGCAGGUGCAGGAGUUCCAGGAGGAGGUAGUUCAGAGAGCCCAAAAAGCUAAGGAGAGAGCUGCAACAGAAGUUACUGAUGAUAAGGGGCCAAAGACUCUAAGGGACCCUUCAGCUACAAUUGUGACACCUGCACCUACGUCGCGUCCCCCUGCUACUCCCACACAGGCAGAAUAGUCCUAUAGCCUUCUUGGUGGUGAUGAAGAGUUGCUGCUGUAUGUAGAUGCAGUUCCAUGAGCAAACGAAAAGUUUGUACGGACUCUCACCUGAUAUGUAUCAAUCUAAAUAGCCUUUGCAAUUUAGCAUUUCAGUUAAAAAUCUAAGGGACAACUUUUCAUAUGAAUGGAAUGGUAUACAUUAGUUCACUUUCAUAUCUGAGAAA